AUGAUCGAAUCUCUUAAAGCAGUAAAGUACAUCGACUCCGAUCAUUUCAUGGUGCCCGAGGGCAAACAAGCAGUCGAACUUAUGGCCGGAGGAGAAAGUGCACUUGCACAAGUUGUAAAAACCUUGCCUGGAAAAACAUACGACCUAUUCUUCUCAAUAGGGGAUUCCAAGAACUCUUGUGAAAGAUCUAUGAUGGUUGAGGCAUUGGCUGGCAAGAUUAUUGGCCAAUUUCCUUAUGAAUCCAAGGGUAAUGGUGGGUUCAAACGUACUAAAUUGAGGUUCGUGACUGUGUCAUCUCAUAUGAGGAUUAGAUUUUUGAACACAUUCUAUCACAUAAAGAUCGAUGGUUCCCUAUGUGGUCCGGUGAUUGAUGAUGUCAGGUUGGUUAGUGUCUGUAAUUCACGACGUGACUGA